UCUCUCAGCCAGUUCAGUAUAUAAAGGAAAACUGGCGACAAAGCAGCCACACACUCAUCUCGGCUUCCCAGGACAAUAACCCAGACACCGACAUGAAGCUCGCAAUCCUCUCCUGCCUGGUGGCUGCCGCCGCCGCCAUGGGCGGCCGCGGCGCCGGCUUCGGCGGCGGCUACGGCUCCGCAGGUGGCCUGUUCCGCAGAGGAGCCUUCGGCCGCGGCCUCUUCAACCGCGGUCUGGGUAACUUCGGCUACGGCUACGGAACCCAGUACGGCCUCGGUAACUUGGCCUACGGAAACCAGUACGGCUACGGAACCCAGUACGGCCUCGGAAACCUGGGCUACGGAAACCAGUACGGCUACGGAAAUCUUGGCUACGGAAACCAGUAUGGAUACGGAAACCUGCUUGGCUUCAGAAACUUCGGUCUGUUCGGCAACUUUGGUCCGUACGGCGCCCGUGGGCUCGGUCUCGGCUACGGAAACCAGUACGGCCUCGGAAACCUGGGCUACGGAAACCAGUACGGAGGCUAUGGCCGUAGAUUUGGCUUCCGCAACUUUGGUUUGCUUGGCGGCAGUGGCUACGGAGGCUAUGUUCACUAAUUAUUGUUUAAAAGGUCAUGCGAAUAAAUGAUGUUAAAUCAAUGAAUGUGUGGCGGAAUGACCCGGCUGGAAUUCGCAAAUGUUUGUCCUACGUCUCAAUUUGCAUGGAGCACGCUCGAGUGUGCGUGUGUGUCUUAUUGUAAUUGCAAUAUAUAAAGGCAACACCAA